GUCCGCUCAAAGAGGGGAAAUAUAAACUGGUGGCACCAGAAGUAGCCAAGCCCCCGUCCGCGUCUUCGUCGUUUCUAGACACCAGCUUCUACAACUCUAUGAAAGGAAAAAGUGCACUGCACUCAGACAUACUCAAAAAAGUAGCUACAACUUUCUUACUGCUGCCUAAGUCUUUGCCUUUCCUACUGUUACCUAAGUCUUCUCGAGUGUGAGUGCGCUUUUUCCUUUCAUAAACUCCCGAGAAGCUACAACGACGACGUGGCCGAGUGACGACCAUCUUAUGGAUGCUUAUUAGAUAGAUGAAGAGGAUGAUGUCGAUAAGAGUGGCUAGGUACAACUAGAACACGAGGACCUUUAUGAUGUACCUACUCUUGUUUUGUAUCUGCCGAGUUUCAGGGUGGUUGAUCACUAUCCCACGUGGACUAAGAGUAACUAUGCUGAGUCGAGUCUUUGUUGAUUUAAAAGGGGAAGCUAAGGGCAACCCACUCGAGUCGAAGGCUACCGCUAACGAGUAGAAGACCCGAAUCACCAUUGUCGUCUAGCGAGAGAGAGAGACCUACCUAGUUCUUGUGGCUAUUUUCGUGCCCUAUGAAUGUGAAUCCGAAUCGAUAUUAUUGAACUGAAGACCUGUCUCAUUUUCAAAUACCCUUUCCAGAAAUUUUGAGUACUACUUAGUAGCCAGUUAAGUUAGGUUCAAUAGCUAGGCUGGCUAGCUAGCUUGUUUAAAGGUGGCCAGGCUGGUGGCAAGGGGACAGCAGCAGACACAGCUUCGAGCUCUGGGCUUGGGCUGAUAGGAUCUCUCCACCCAUGUCUUAGCCAGGGCCCCAGUCCCUGAGCUUGAGCAAGUCGCCUGAUGUUGUCGCUCGCGGAGGUCUGCGGCGCCAGGUGGUGCCGCAGACAAGUUGGAGCGAGAACACCUGAGGACCUGCCCUCCACAUUCAAGGUCUCGCCCACCCUUUGAGGCAAGUGCGCUAUCAGUCUCUACACACUGAGGUAAGCACUACGGGCGUCGCGCUGCGCGCGCCGCUGGGGGACUAUUUUUGGAGGGAAAGAAGGAGGCAAGGGGAGCCGAGGAACGAACGAGCGAAGGGAAGAGAAGACGAGAGCGGAGAACGAGACGAGGGAAGAGGCGCGGGAAGUGCCGGAGGGAGCGGCGGUGGCGGGAGGCCGAACAGCGGAGAGCAAAGGGGCGCUGGCUGGAGCAGAACCCAAGGCGAAACACAGCGGCGGGGUGCAGCCAGCCAGCCAGCCUGGCCCUGAGCGCCACGAAGCAGACCUGGGCGGCCCGUUUGGUUGCGCGAAGGGCACAGAGAGGGGCAGGGCGCCGCGCCGCGAUAGCGCUGCCACUUAGCGCACCCUGCGGGAUAGAGCGGCGACGCAUUUGGGACUGGGGUAGAGACGCGCCCGCCGCUGAACCCUCCGCGGGACACUCUGCGGAACACGCUGCGGGACAGCUGUGGAACAGCUAGGGGCCCAAUAGGGACCCUCCGGGAGGCUUCCUCGGCCCUUAGCGCGGCGUCGGCUCCUCCGCCAGAAAUAGAAGCAUGCCGGAGUUAAUUAGCGAAUAUAAAACACAUAUGCUUCAGGGUUCAGGGUAGCGCCCCCCCCAAGCGCGGGAGGGCCGUGGAUUCCCGGACCCCUUUUGGAGGCGUCUGCUGGGAAUGGAAGGCUUCCAAAGGGGUCCCAGGAGCCUCCUCCGCUCCCUUGCAGCUGCCUGCGUGCAGGAGGAAAGAAGAACACCGAGGGCAGUGGCAUCAGGGUAACCGACCGUGAUGGGAAACACAAAGGAACCGCCAGGACGGACAACGAGAUCGCUGACGCUUUCCGCGAGAGAAUAGAGGAGCCCUGGAGCAUCGCCGAAGAAGGGGAUAAGGAUACCGACGAAAAACGGAACAAGACCAAGGAAGAAGCUGAGCCGGGAAAGUGGUCGGCCAAUAAGCUUCGGAAUGCGCUAAAAGUAGUGGGCGCCAGUGAAUGGGCUACCAUGGCAGGCCUUUAGGGAGGCAAUCGAACAAGCCAAGUUCGCGAAGCGGCUGGGCCGGGCGGAAUCAUCGGGGAGGCCUUCAAGCUGGGCCCCGUGAACUGGGCGAAGGUUCUGAAGAAGAUAGACGAAGCGAGCGGGGCUGAGGAGUUGCAAGCAGGAUGGGUAGCAUGGCUGUACAAAGGGAAGGGAAGCAAAGCGGAGAGAACAAACUACAGGCCAGGCGCCGCCCUGCAGGUUGCGCGCAAGAUAAUACGCAACGCGCACAAGCGCCAGCGCGAAGGAAUCACAAGGGACACCAUGGGGAGGGCCCGGCAGUAUGGUUCCCAGGCCCGAAUGGGAUGCAGGGACUACCUCCGCGACGUCAAGGAACUAAUAGAGGCAGGCGAGACGUCAGGCCUUGCCCUUGCGCUGUGCGAUCUAAGUAAAGCCUUCGACCGGGCGAGAAGGGGCAAGCUCUGGAGGAUCAUGCUGGAGGUAGGUGUCCCAGCAGGAUACGUCGAGAAGGUGAGGAACUUACACAGAAAGGCACGAAUGGCGUCGCAGUGGGGAAAGCACCGAGCAGAAGAGACAGCAAUCGGCCUCGGAGUGUAUCAGGGGAGGGGUCGCCAGUAUCCCCCUGCCUCUUCAUCAUCUACACGCUUGCGAUGAGUGAGAAAUCGAGCGAAGACUAGAGGGGGAAGGACUGAGGGGAGUAGAAGUGACCAAGCCAGCGAACGCGACUGAGGAACCGCGAAAAGGCUGGCAGAACAGCCAGCGCAAAUGGAAGCCAAGGGUGAAGAAAUGGGGCAGCCCGGCCCCUGAAGAGAGACAGCCGCGCAGAGGGGUGGUCUUGGAGCAUCCAAGCGCGUGAGGGGCUGACAGAGACACAGACAGGGCCUGCAGCCUCACCAUAUACGCUGACGACGCAAGCAUAUGGGGGCACAUGGUGGAGAGGACAGUCCGGGUGGUGGAGAUAUUCGAGGAAGUAGGACAGGACUACAGAACGAUAGUGAACAAAUCAAAAACGGAGACUCUCACGGGGGAGAAACUGACCCACCAGGAGAGGACGGACUCAAAUAAGUGAGAGACUAGGAAGCAGCGACUUCGAGGCAAAAGGGACAGACCUGAUUAAAAGAACUGGGCGUCUAGUUGGGGACACCAUAAACAUCUACGGCGCCACACCGCCGGAGGUGGCUGACCGGCUGAACAAGGCCAAAAAGGUCGCGAGGAUGGUCAGCCCGCUCCUAAGAGAUGAGGACAUCGACCAAGCAACAUGACAGGAAGACGCUAGGCGAAGCCCUGGCGGACGCCGUCGCACUCUACGGGCUCGACACGUCCAAACUGUCAGCCCAUGACAUGGAGCAGAUGCAGCUGCAAUUCCUGACCAAGCUGGUCCGGGUCGUGGCGGACCCGAAGGAAGAGAAGAGACUCGGAGAGACUUGGGGAAGGAAGGGGGCGGCCUUACCGCUCACGGAUAUGACAAAAGAGGAGAUCCGCGCAGCAUCCAGAAUGGUGGAGAAGGAGCAGCGCCUGCCGCAGGAGGAGGUAGACAGGAGAGUCCGCCCCCCCACGGUUCGGAGCAAGUGGGAACGCCUCAGGCUUCUGGCAAUAGUCGACAGAUACAGGGAGGAAAAGUGGGGCAGAAGGCUCGGCCUGGGGAUGACCCUCAAGGCCAACGAAGGGCCGAACACAAUGCCCGCCAGGGGAGUCAGACUAGGAGAAAGGGACAACAUGGAGGCGGAGACAUGGAAGAAAUUCAAGGAGAAGCUAGGGGAAUUCCUCCAAAACGGACCGGGGAAGGGGUUCCGAACAUGGAGGAACUAAGUGAGAUAGUAGAAGUGACGCGGGACCCUGAGAAGCUGGGAGAGACGCCACGCGUACAGACCUGGGUGGAGCGGCUGGGAAUGGCAGACGUGUGGAACCUCGUGACACGCUGCCCGCAGUCGAUCCACUGGGAGGAACUAUGGAACGCGGCAGCGAGAGUUCUGCACAAUACCAGAAGAGGAGAACGAGAGGACAGGGACUGGACGACGUGCAAGCACUGCGCGCAGGAAGGCUCUAAAGGCCCAAGGGGCUUAUUGGCGCACUGGGUAAGGACGGCAAAAAACUGGAAGGAGGAAGAACGCGCAAGCUGUGGCUACCAGGCAGAAAGCGAAAGAGGGCGAGAAUGGAAGAAGGACCUUGGGGACAUGAUGGACGCCGGGGACCUGAAAAGGCUCUCGCAUUUCCAGGAAAUAUACUUGGAGGAGGCAGGACACAGCCCCGAGGAGGUGAAAGUAAGAAGUGGCGAGCAUAUCGCUGAAAGGAAAAGAGUGGCCGUACGUAGGGAACGGCAUGCACAUCCAAGACAAGCAAGAGGCAGGAGAGCUCCGCAAACUUGUGGAAGGCUGGGAACACUAUGAGCAGACAGGGGAAACCAUCGACCAAGACAACCGGCGAGAGUGCCCCUUGGGGGGUGAAGAAAUGCCAGGGGCCACAGUCGGACGCUCGCCGAUGUGGUAUGUGCCAGGUGAUGCACGGCACAGGCCAGGCGCGCCAAGAGUGGCUAGAACAGGCCAAAAGGGUAAGGAAGGACGAGAAAAGGCGGGAGGCAUACCACGGGGCCAAGCGAAUGCGCUGGGACCCGAUGACAAAGGUAAAGGCGUGCCCAUACAAAGAGAAGGCGCGUGGCUGGCCGGUGGAGGAACCGGGAAGAUGGUGCGAAGGGUGUAAAAGAAUAGAAGGAGGAGAAAUCUGGGCCACCCACUGCAGGGAAGUAGAGGAGAAAAAAAAAAAGGAGGACCCUGCGGGGAAGGAGCAGGAGGAAAAAGCCAAGGCCCAGAGAAAAAGACAGAAGGAAGAGGAGCGGGACGGUAAGGCAAAAAGAGAGGCCCAGCGCAAAACCCAAAAGAGAGAAGAGGCAGAGGAGAAGAGAAGGGAAGGAAAAAAGAGACCCGCGGGCAAACCGCUGGAGGGACUCAGGGAAGGGAAGAAGCCAAAGAAGCCCCCAGGGGCGGAAAAGGCUGGAGGAGAAAAGCGGCCGGCGGAGGAGCCGCUUAUAGACCUCAGAAAAGGGAAGAAGGGGAAAAAGCAUCCAGGAGACCAAGAGGAGGAGAAGGGCAACCGAGCAGCCCCACAGCAGUGAAGAGGAGGCAGCAACGAGAACAAAGGACAAGGCCGAAAGAGAGGAAAGAAGCCAGCGCAGAAGUGAAGAAAAAAGGAGAGAACGAAAGGGCGGAGGCCUGGCAAAGGGGCCGCCGGAUGAAAUGAGGCCAAGAAGACCACGAAGGGAACAGGACAGCAAAAAAAGAGGGCCGAAAUGAAGGGGCCGCUUAAGGGGGGGCCCCCGAUGAAGGGGAGGCAGUGCAGGAGGGUAAGAGCAAGCGAAGCGACCUCCCCUCGCCUCCUUGGGGUCCCCCGGAGAGGUGGCGGACGCGGGUCUGGCCUCUCUCUGCGGGGUCGAGUAGGGGCAAUCUUUUACCUGGAAGUCUUUCAGGUAAAACGGUUGCAAGGAUGAGAUGGCACCCCGCCCCAACCGAUCGGUGGGCUUGCAUCAUCAUCAUCGUCGUCAGCUGCUUGCGUGCUCCCUACCGCUCUCCUCUUUGUUGGCCCCUCGCCGAAGCAGCAGGGGGCCGGGUGUGGAAGGCCUCCGAAGGCGGCAAAAGGUGCCAGGCCGGACCGCUGGCGCUGUGUGGCUUGUACCCUCCGGGCCCUUGGUCAUCGCCCUGCUGGCUUUUGCCGUGAAUUUGAUGAGGGCAGCCCAGCAAAAGGGGCCACGCCUCGAGACCGUGGUCGCCGCGGCGGCUUUCUGCCCCGGAGCCCUCCAGCCUGCGAGGGUCGGCAGAGGCCAGGGCGCCUUUUGGGAACAUGUUGAGAGGCGUGAGGGGCUGCCCGCUCGGAUUUUUCACGCCUUCCACCUCGAGCAUCUGCGAAAAGCAGCGCGGAAAAGAGCGCGCAAGCGCCACCGCAGGGCCAUGCAUAGAGGGGGGGCGUGCGUCCUUGUGAUUGUCUCAUAUGACAUGUAAGUAUGAACCAAUCUGGGCGCUGUCCUUGAAGAAUACGGCUACAAUUUAUUUUGAGCUUACCUCUACCAUAAAGUCAGGCAUCUUCUCUAGUGGCAUAGAAUAAUCAUUAUCAUAAGGGCCUUGUUACCUCCAGUACCAUAGAAUAUGAAUAAUCAGAGUCGUCCUCAAACUUCUACAACAGAAGUUUGUUACAAGUUACAAUACUUACAUUCUAACGCGAGAAGCUCGAGCUCCGAGGCCAAGGAGGAGGCUAGCGGCGCAGAUGGGGGAGCUUUUGCAGACGACUGGAUUCUGUCCGUCACGCAGGAGAGGGAAGUGAUGAUAUAGAAAUCGCUUCCAUUUCUAGUAGAAGAUGUUAGAUGAG